UCUCCCCGUCCCUGUGCUAAGCCUCCAAGUGCCCUGAGAGCUACCUGCCAGGGGUCGGGGGGCUAUGGGAGCUCAGGGCAGGCACCUCCCAUGCUCCCGCGGGAGCCACCAGGACAUGAAGAUCCCCUGUCUUCCCACAGGCCCUGUGUCUUGCUCAGUCCACCUGACUCUGCUUCCUCAUCCUAGGCCUCAGGAGCCGGGACACUCCCGGAGUCCUCUGGGAGCCCUUAAGCCACACUGAGAACGCAGACCCUGGGAGAAGCAGCCAGCAGUGAGGAACCCUGGAACCCCUUCCCAGGGAGAGCCUUCCCAUGACCGCCAUGAAGAGAUCAGUGCAAACACAGGUGUCAGAGCCCUUCAUGGAGUCCUGGGGUGAGGAGUCCCUGCCGGAGCUACCCGCAGAGCAGUCCCUGACAGAGCACUCUGACCUCGAGGAGGCUCCCUCGGCGCACACUCUCUAUGUGGGCCAUCUGAACCCCCAGUUCUCAGUGCCAGUGCUUGCCUGCCUGCUGCGAGACACCCUGGAGCGGCUGGAGAUGCCGGUGGCGCGGGAGCACAUUGAAGUGGUGAGGCGGCCGCGGAAGGCCUAUGCACUGGUGCAGGUGACUGCCCGCAGGGACACCCUGGCCUCCCUCCCCUGGCGCCUGCAGACGGCCCUGGAGGAGCACCUAAUCCUCAAGGAGCUGGCAGCCCGUGGGAAGGAGCUGCUAUUGAGUGAGGCCCAAGGGCCCUUCAGCCACAGAGAGGAGAUCGUGGGCAAGGACAAGCUCUUCCAGGGUGCCUUCCUGGGCAGCGAGACCCGCAAUAUGGAGUUCAAGCGGGGUAGCGGCGAGUACCUCAGCCUGGCCUUCAAGCACCACGUGCGGCGCUACGUGUGCGCCUUCCUCAACAGCGAGGGCGGCAGCCUGCUCGUGGGAGUAGGGGACAGCGGCCUGGUGCAGGGCAUCCACUGCAGCCACCGUGACGAGGACCGCGCACGCCUGCUGGUGGACUCCAUCCUGCAGGGCUUCAAGCCUCAGAUCUUUCCCGAUGCCUACACUCUCACCUUCAUCCCUGUGAUCAGUACCUCGGAGACGAGUGGCCCCCUCAAGGUGAUCCGCCUGACCGUGCACACCCCCAAGGCCCAGAGCCAGCCGCAACUCUACCAGACAGACCAGGGGGAGGUGUUUCUGCGGCGCGACGGGAGCAUCCAGGGCCCGCUGUCCGCCAGCGCCAUCCAGGAGUGGUGCAGGCAGAGGUGGCUGGUGGAGCUGGGCAAGCUGGAAGAGAGGGUGAAGGCGCUGACGAUGGAGAAGGAGCAGCUGCAGCAGCACGGGCCUGUGUCCUGCACCUGCUGUGUCCUGUGAGGGCGCUGGGGAGCAGGCAGGACGGCACGGCGCUCUCCACCCGAGACCCAGGGAUUUCCUGGUUGAGCCUAAGGCCGACCAGUAAAGCCCAUGUGGGCCGUUGAGAGGCGGACAGGGGCUCCCUCAACAUGGCACAUGAGCAGGCGCCCAUGUGGCUUCAACCCUGACAGACCCGUCUGUGUAGCCAAGAAAUUGCUCUCGGCCCUGUCCCCAAACGACUUCACUUUCAAAAAGAAUGUGUAAAACCCUGCCCAGAGCUCCCCUAGGGCUGAGCUAUAAGGGAUUGUCCUUCUCCCUAAAAUGCUCAUUUGGCCCAGGCUGAGGGCUGUGACUCCAGUUGGCUAGACAGUGCCAGAAAGGAAUCUGUCAUCUCAGGAAAGCCCCUCACAGAUGGCGAGGCAUACUUGGUGACUGUGGUUCUCAGGGCAAGAGGCCACCCUGCAGCCCCCACCCCUGACUUGCUGAACUUGUGACUGUCAAAGCGCCAUUAAUAAAUUACAUGCACCUGG